GUUGAUACAACAACCUGUCUGCCUCACUGCGCUACCAGUCUCGUCGUCACUCCUUCGUUCCUUGGGCUUCACUGCUAAGCUGGUAUAACCUCUCGCCCUCCCUAAACGCUUCACCUUCUACAACUCCGAUCCCACGUCCCGGCCUUGCUCUCACGAUUCGCGCCACCACUACAGCGGCGGUUCCUUUCCAACCCACAUCGAGACCUGCCCUCUCUACAUGUCAUAAUGGCCUCUUCUUCAGCCGCUGCGACUCUACUGGGUCGACAGUUGAAACAGAUGCAAUCAGACAAAGACAUUCCGGGGAUCAGCUGCGGUCUGGCUGAUGAUAACAUAUUUGAGUGGGAAGUCAUGUUGAUGAUCAAUGAUGACUGCAGAUACUAUGGCGGUGGUUUCUUCCGCGCCCGACUAUCUUUCCCCCAAGACUACCCUCUGAUGCCGCCGAAGAUGAAAUUCGAGACGCCUAUAUUCCAUCCCAACGUCUACCCCUCAGGCGAAGUGUGCAUUUCGAUCCUCCAUCCGCCUGAAGAGGAUAAAUACGGCUACGAGUCUGCCUCAGAAAGGUGGUCGCCUGUGCAAUCGCCGGAGACGAUUCUCAUUUCUGUAAUCAGCAUGUUAAGCAGUCCGAACGACGAAAGUCCCGCGAAUGUGGAUGCGGCGAAGAUGUGGAGAGAAGACCCCAAGGCGUUCAGAAGGAAGUGUCAGAGGAUUGUAAGGGAGAGCUUGGGUGAGGAAUGACAACCUAUUGGAAGCAGUUGUCGGCUUGACCUUUGCGUUCGGACUCGGCAGAGACAACCAAGCAUGGGCGGGUUGAUGUUGCUGCAGUCUCAAUGACGGCUUUCCAGCAUGGCGUUGGUGUGCAUUUGCAUCAUGGAUAGCGAGAUGGGUCAAAUUGGGAUUUCCAGGUUGGAGUUGCAGCAUCUCAUCAUGCAUAUUUGUACAGAGUUUCUCGGAACAGGCUUCGGAUUGGGACUUCAAGUGGAAUGCAUACUUGACGGGGUGAUCUUUUUGCAGACAACGGGUCGUAGCGAGUUCAAUCCUGGGAUGAAUGUUGUUCUCCUCGAUUUCGGCGCGACGCGGGCUUGUGGGACGUCUUUUGCUACCCUCGCUCAUAGCUCGAGCUGCUCAAAGCUCUCCACAAUCUCGAACUCCUCCUUAUCGUCUUCAGACAGUGGCGCGUUUCCGGGCCUAUUCACGACC